AUGCAGCUCUCUUACCUCCUGGCUCUCCUUGGAGCCUCAAGCGUUGCCUGGGCCGCCCCUGUCGCAAACAAUGACCAAGUCGAAUCAGCCUCUGGCGAGCUUGACAAACGCUUCUUCUACACACAUUAUACCCCAGAGAGGCGUGAUGAGGAUCUUGAAAAACGCUUCUUCUACACACAUUAUACCCCCGAGAAGCGUGAUGAGGACCUUGACAAGCGGUUCUACUACACCAAAUACGACCUAGAGAAGCGCCAUGAAGACCCUGAGAAGCGGUUCUACUACACCAAAUACGACCUAGAGAAGCGAGAUGAGUGA